GCUUCGUGGCCGGGCGGUGCCAGCCGCGUAGUCCGUCGGUGCCUGUGUAGGCUGAGGGGAGUCGGAGCACCGCGCUUCAUCAUGUCGGCGGCCAUGAGACAGCGCUUCGACCGCUUCCUGCACGAGAAGAACGGCAUGACCGCCGUGCUCCAGUGGAUGGAGAGCAAGACCGGCGUCGACCGCACCUACAUCGCCAUCGCUAUCCUGGGGGCGUUGGGCGUCUACCUGGUGAUCGGCUACGGCGCCUCGCUGCUCUGCAACAUCAUCGGCUUCGGCUACCCCGCCUACGUGUCAAUCAAGGCCAUUGAAAGUCCCAACAAAGACGACGACACACAGUGGCUGACUUACUGGGUCGUAUACGGUGUUUUCAGCAUAGCAGAAUUCUUCUCUGAUAUCUUUUUGUCCUGGUUCCCUUUCUACUACAUCCUGAAGUGUGCCUUUCUGCUCUGGUGCAUGGCUCCAAGUCCCUCUAAUGGAGCUGAGUUCCUCUAUCACCGAAUCAUCCGCCCUUUCUUCCUGAAGCACGAGGCUCAGCUGGACAGUGCUGUCAAAGGACUGAAAGACAAGGCUGCAGAGACUGCAGAUACCAUUGCUAAAGAAGCCAAGAAAGCUACAGUGAACUUGCUGGGUGAAGAGAAGAAGAGCACUUAAAACUUUAAACUGGAUAAAGCUUCCCAGCCACCUCUAUUAUGAAGCUUGAUGUUAUGGGGAUCUGUGGUAUAACUUUAAAACUGUUGCCUUGAAAAUGUUUUGAUAUUUUAAGGGAUUGUGCUAUGAGUUUGCUUACUAGUUUGCUGUUGUCUGCAUGGAAUUCAUGCAUUUUUAUUUAAAAGCAAAGCAGUCGGCAGCAUCUGAAACAAUGAAAAUAUUAAUCUUCAUGAAAAAGUCUUACAAUAAAAAGUGUAUAUCUCAGAGGCUCUGCACUUCAGCUGUCUUUGUGCAUGUAAUUACUUUCAACACUUGUUGUAGAACGGCGGGAGAAAAACAAACGACCACACCUGUCAUUGACAUAUGAUCAGCUAAUCUCGUUUAUUCCUUGGCUGCAUGUACAUUUAUAAUACGGAUAAUUAGCUCAUACAUAUUGCAAAAGCGGAGCUCAUCAUUGGUUCCCGAUUACAUACCAUCCCCAAGUAUCUUUGCAACUUGUUAUCAUCCUGAAAGUUACCCCCUUGCUGAGUUCACAAAACCAUGGCUAGUUUCUCACUGUCACAGGGCAUCCUGUUCUUCUUGCUGUCCUUGCAGGUGGUACGGCUGCUUGUCUAGCUGCACUGUGUUUACGACCCUUCUCAGCUAACCAGCUGUAAAAAACACUCUCUACAAACACUGACUGUAUUGCAUCUAGUAACAUGACGUUAUUCUACAAGGAAAAUAUUAAUCUGAACGGAUUUUCUGGAAUAUAGAGAGAGAAUUACUGAGAGAGCUGGCAUAGCUAAUUUAUUCCUCGCUAGUGAAGUUUUGAGUGAUGAUAGGCAUCUCGUGAUAGACACUAUUUACUGUUGCAUGUUUCACCAUAACAUAAUAUUUAGUGCAGUGUGCAUUUUCUUGAAUGGAUAGAUAGGAAAUGUAGGAAGAGUAGCUUUAUUCCAGCGAUGAAGCUCAUAUUAGCAUGGGGCUAUUUGCCAGACAUGGAUGCGUUAAAUGAGCACGAGAUGACUAAAGGUGGCAUGUACUUGCUAUCUAUCCCUUUCUGAAUAAAGCUGUCGUGUAAAAUUCUAA